AACAUGAAAUUGAUUACCUCCAAGCGAGCUGUACACGUGGAGGUCUGUGUAAAAUUAUUACCAGGCAAAAGAUUGGAAGAAUUACAGUCGCUGAUUGAAGGACCGCUGAGGAAUUUGUUGGCCAGGAAACAGCUUCCAUUCAAUGAGGUUAUUAAAUUGUCACCGGAAGAUCUGGAAGAGGAGCCGUUGAAAUGUAUUGAAAGUAUUUUGCUGGAAUGUGAAAGUAAAAAGGAUGGAGAGCUUUCUUCUGCCAGCGAUGCUGAGUAUUUCAUAUUCCAUUUUUAUUGGCCACAAAUAAGACCCAUGGAAAUGGAAAUGUUCGAAGCGGAAUCAGAGGCAGAGGCCAUACCUUCAUCCAGUCAUUGGUUGUUGCCUUCAAAAUCGUUUGUUGGUUUAUGGGAACAUUUGAUUUACGAUGAAGGAUCCAAAGAGAAGCUGCUCAAAUUUGCUCUCUCUGCAUUAAUGUUUUCCCAACAUAAUGUCAAUACAAAUGUGGUGUCCUGCAAUCGACUUAUACUACUUCAUGGACCACCAGGUACUGGCAAGACGAGUCUGUGCAAGGCAUUGGCCCAAAAGUUGUCGAUACGAUGUCGUCCCAUAUUUCGUUAUACCCAUUUAAUUGAAAUCAAUUCCCAUUCGCUAUUUUCCAAAUGGUUCUCAGAGAGUGGCAAAUUGGUUAUGCGUCUUUUUGGUAAGAUCAAGGAAAUCAUACAGGAUUCGCACAGCUUGGUCUGUGUCCUCAUCGAUGAGGUGGAGUCAUUGGCAUAUGCACGCGAUUGUAUGUCGGGACAGGAACCAAGAGAUGCUAUGCGUGUUGUGAAUGCCCUACUGACACAAUUGGAUAGUAUUAAGGAACAUCCGAAUGUUUUGAUUUUGGCCACAUCGAAUUUAGCUGAUACCAUUGAUAUGGCAUUUUUAGAUCGAGCUGAUAUUAAACAAUAUAUCGGGUUGCCAAAUGAAUUGGCUAUACGGAAAAUUUAUGAUUCAAUGAUUACGGAAUUAAUACGUGUUGGAAUUAUUGAAAGUGCGGAAUCACUGCAAAGUGAUGAUAAACAUGAGGGACUGCUUAAGGAGUUAUCUGUGCGCAGUAAAGGUUUAAGUGGCCGAACUUUGAGGAAAUUGCCAUUUUUGGCUCAUGCCGCUCACACAUAUAAUGUUGAUUUUGAUUGUAAGGCAAAAAUUAAUUUACCCGAUUUUUUGGAUUCAAUGCUAGAGGCAUUAGAGAAGCACAAACAGGAUCAUGGUAUGAUGAAAUUGAAUAAAUGAUUGUGAAAAGAAAAUGA